AUGCCAUUGAAUAAUGACGAAUCAGAAGCAGUUCGAAAUUUUCUGAAAGUUUUUGGAGCAAAUUCCAAAAGUGAGUUUGUACUAGAGAUCUCCAGAAAAAUUUCCAAAUUUUUUUCAGUCGACAAUGAAGCUGUUGGAAUGGCACUUUUUGGACAGAAACAUAUGUUGGAUGUGAAUAGCUCAAGAGAAUAUGUUGAUCGAUUUUUUCAAAAAUGUUAGUUUUUUUUAGUCUUAAAUCUGUAUUUUUAAACCAAAAUCAGGUUCUGAAUGCAGAAAAAUGUGUAAUUUUUAUUUUUUUAACUCUGGAACUUCAUAAAGUCCUGAAAAAUCCCCAAAAUGUUCCAUAUUUAGGCGAAAAGCGUGAUCCUUCGGCCUCAAAAACUCUAACUCGCCGCGCAAAUUCUCUCAUGAAUUCUUCGGACACUUUAAUCUACGCUAUGGAAUUUAUUGUGAGAUGUAGACAAUCGCAUUUAUUCUAUCACAAAUCAAGUCAACAAUUUGUUGAAAAUCCAUCUGGAAUUACACGAACUUCUUCAAAUAUGGGAGGUAGUGCACAAUCAUCGCCGUUUCAACGAAGAUCCGCAAGUCGAACGAGGGUUUUUAGUAAUUUGAGUGAGUUUGCCUCCAAAAUUUCACUGUUUCAAUAUUUUGAUAAUUCCAAAAAUUUUCGUGGAUGAAGUUUGGAUCUUGCAGAAAACCUUGGAAACCUGAAUCUAAAAAUGAUAUAUAUAUUUUCCAGCAGCUGAGAAUCAACUUCUCAACGAAUCAACUCGUUCUCGUGCCAACACAUCUUUCAAUUCUUUCGAUAAUCGACAUUUGGGAAUGGAAAGAUCUUCGCAAAUUAGUCGACCAAAAAGUCCUUUUAGAAUUGUAAAUUCUUCUGAUGUGAAAACUCCAACUUCGGCUAGCAAUCAUCUUUUUUCGUGGGUUUUUCGAAUUUUUGAAAAUUUAUUUAAUUUUUGGCACGUUCAUGUGAAAAAUCCAACGCAAUUGAGUCAUUUCAAAUUUUAUUUAUUCGAAAAAAUGGCUGAAUUUUUAGUGAAGUGAAGUGAGUUGGAAAACAAGAAAAUCAGAGGAAAUUUAGAAAAAUCUGAAUUUUAUUUCUAAAAUUUGCUCAAAAUUGACAAAACUCCAGCGUUUUCUUGUUUAAAAAUUCAGAACACCCUCCCCCCCCCCCCAAAAACUAAAAUAUUUUCAGUUCUCAAUUCCGAACACCACAAAGUCAAGAACCAUCGCCAUAUCGAACAUCUUCGAAUUUCACAAAUGGAUCUUCUUCUUCUUCUGUGAAUCCGGUUCGAGUUGGAAAUUCGACAUCAAAUAUACCAUUACAUGCAAGAAUGGGCGGAGCUAUUUGUGAGUUUUUUGGCGACGAACAUUUUAUGAAGAAUACGCUUGAAACAGUGAUUUCUCAGGCGAAACAUUAUUUAAAAAAAUUUGACAAAGAAAUUUCGAAGUUUUAGAAUCCCAACUUCAUUUACCAAAAAAUUGUAUUUAAAUUCGACCUUUUCAAUAGAUAUGAUUUUUUAGCACUUUUUGAUCCCUAAUUUUUGACAAAAAUCCCAAAUUAUUAUACGUUUCAAAAAUUUUUAAUGGGUUUCGGAUUGAAUUUCAAUGAAUUCGAUCGCUUUCUAACCAUAAAAUUGCACUGUUUCAAAACUGUUUUGUACAUUUUUUUGAGAAUAAUCAACUUAUCAAAAUUAUUUUAUUCAAACUUUCGAAAUCUUCCCUUCGAAAAAAUGUUUUCUCAAUGUUUUUUAUUGUUGCAGGCGAGACCGAAAGUACUGUAUGUGAAUGUCUUUUGGCGGCUCUUCUUGGAAUUGAUUCUCGACUUUUUCGAUCGGAUGGAGCCAGAAAAAUGACAAUUUGCUCAACAGCUUCAUUAACUACGGUAGGUCUCUUUUUAUCUAGAAAAACGGGAAACAAAAAGUUUUGUAAUUCAAAAAAAGUCCACUUUUUCAGACACACGUUGGAAUCGCUUACCGUUUUCUCGAAACUGCAAAUAUUUAUCAGCAUUUAUCGCAUCGAGACCCAUUACUGUAUUCAUCAUCAUCUUCUUCUGCACCUUCAAAUGAGCCAAUUUCAAUUGCACUUUUGGCUGGAAUUCGACAUCUUUUGGGUGAAUAUACGGCUGAUAUUGAUGGAUUACGAAGAAAUCGAAAGAAAUUGAGAUUUUCGGGAAUUUUACCGAUUAUUGAUUUGUGGAAUGUUAGAUUGAUUUUGAUGAUGAAAUGUUUUUCAUUGAGGUGAGUUAGGCAAUCUGGAUUUUUACACAAAAUGAAAAAAAUUUAGCCUGUUUUGCGUUAGUGAAAUUUUUAAAAUUCUUUUAAACCACAGGCCUAAUCUACAGUAAUCUGAAUUUUUCGAACUGCAAAAAUCUAGAGAUUUCGUAAAAUUUGAGUUUCAGAGCUACAGUACCUUUUUUACUAAUAAUUUAUCUCAUAAUCGUACAGUACUCCACAACUCUCAAUAAAAAUUUGUUUCAUUUAUUUUUUUUCCAGAAAAUUGGAACAAAUUGAUAUUCUCGAAGCAAUCUUCAUAAUUCAUUGCCGAUAUAGUUUCGAACCAAAUCGUCUUUUUGUCGCCGAAAAAUUAAUCGAAUACACAAUGGGUGUAUUUUGUCAACAAAUGAUUGAAUGGAUGAAAACGGGUGAAAUUCCCACUGAAAAAUGGGUUAUUUACAAAGAAAAUACGGAAAAUGUGAUGAAAAUUAGAAAAGUUCCAAUUUUUCUGACAAAUUCAGAUAUGAAAAUGUUGCUCGAAAUCGGAAAAUCAUUGUCAAAAAUUGAUUCAAGUUCAGAUGAAGAUUUGUUGGCAAUUGAACAGGCAACGAAUUGUGUUACAAGACAAUUGAACUGGAAAAUUAUACAGAAAAGAGGUAAGGAAAAGGGGGUUAAAAUUUUUGGUUCCAAAAUUUUAAAAAUUGAAAUUAUCGCCGCAAUAAUCCAAUUUGGAAGGAUUAGUGGAUUUUUUCAAAUUAAAUUUUUUCACUGUUUCGAAAUAUUCAUUAUUUCAAAAAUAACAAUAGAUAACCAAUUAAUCGAAUAAUCAAUUAAUUAUUUGCAGAACUAUCUGGACUUCUUCGAAUUCUUCGCGAUGUUGUUUGUGGAAUUGUAAUGAGAACUGUUAUGUCAACUGGAAGAUUGAAGGAUCAUUUGAAUAUGGCAACAUCGAUUUUCUUCUUGAAUAAUCCAAAAUUCACUGCCACACUUUAUUCAGUUAUGAAGUGAGUUUUUAUAAAAAUGUGAAAUUUGGUGGGAAAAUUUGGCAGCACAAUUAGGAAAUGUUCAGAUAUCCUAGCUAAAACUAGCAAAAAACUUGAAAGAAAAUUGUUUUCAAAUUUUUUUGAACCUUAAAAACCUCAAAAUACUUUUUAUGUGAAAAUUCACAAAAAAUCUACUGUUUCUAAUUUUUAAAAUAAAAAAAUCAACGAAUUAAAAAAAUUUCACUGUUUCAAAAAAUUAUGAUUAUAAAUUUUCGCUGUGUUUUCUCCCAUCCUAUUUUCUCCCAUAAUUUUAAAUAUUUUCAGAGAAGCUUCAAUGGGUCUUCGAGUUGGCACAACUUCAUUAUCCCGUCAAAAAGUUUCAAUUGCUUUAGCAGCAGCCAUCGAAUCAUCAACAAGAAUUAUGUUUGAAGAGGAAAAAGAUCGAAAAAAGAAGAAGUUGCAAUUCAAAUUGGAUGCCAUGACAUCGGUUUGUAAUUAUUUUUGAAAGGGGUUUGAAGCAUGGAAAUUGAAACUAUCCGCAAAAAUGAUAUUAGAAAUAAUGAAGAUUGAAAAAAAGAAUGCGGGCUAUACUUCGGAAUUUAGAUAUUUCGAAAAUUUAUCAACAUCUACAAUUAAUUGGAAUACACAUUAGAGCUUAGAACAUUCUAAAAUUUCCAUACAUUUUUUGAAACCUACAAUUUCCGGGUUUCCCGAAAUUUUUUCUAUGUUUUUUUUCGUAAAUAAUUCCAAAUCUUUUUCAGACCUUAACUUUGAUGAAGAAUCUUCCUAAAAUUGAUUUUAAAAUCUAAAAAAGUUUACUAAUUUUUCGAAUUCGGUAUAAAAUUUUUCUAGUUCAAAUUUUUCUCCUAAAGUUAAUUUUAGACAAAUAUUUAGCUAUUUUGCUAAUUCCAUUGUUUUUCAGCUUGGAAAUACGCCAAAUGUCUCAUCUCGUAUGCAGUUUAUUCAACCACUCUGUCCCAAAUAUGAACCAGUUAUGAAUUUAGUCAAACCUGUUUUUUCGGCCUGUGAUGAUUUGUGAGUUUUAUUUUGCAUCAAUGUUGGCUAGAAAAUUCUGAAUUUUUCGAGUACUCACUUGAAUAUUAUGAGAAAAAUGGGGAAUUUGGCGCCAAAACACUUUAUUCGUGAUUUUUUUUCACAAAAACUCGCUAUUUUUCAACAAAUGUUUAUUUUUAAAAUGUUCCACGUGGCAGGGAUUUUUUGUUGAAAAAAUAUAACCUUUUCUCAAAAUUUCUUGCCCGAAAAACCUCUCAAAACUGUAGCUUUCAACAUAAUCUUGUUAGGUCUCCUACAGUAUUCUGAAUUAACCAGAAUGUUUCAAAUCUGGGUACCGCCACGAGAAAUACUCGAUAAUAUGUUCCUAUAAAAAUCCCGCAUUUUUUCUAGCUAUGAAGCAAUAUUCCACGUAAUCUGGUCAAUCGAUUUGGCUCGUCUCUCGUCACAAGAAACCGCUUCAAAAUUGCCCGAAAUGUGCCGAUUUCUAGAGAAAAAUUAUUCAUUACGCGAAAAUGCGCGAAGUUUGUUGAGAAUGUUAGGAAAUAUUGCAUUUAUUAUCAAUUCGACAUUGUUGAAAGUUCGAAAUGUUAUCGGAAUUAAAGUGAGUUUUGGGAAGAGACUGUUUGAAAUUAGAACCUUCGAAACUAAGUAGGAAAAAAAUAUUUUUUGAUGAAAAAAAAUUGUGAUACAAAAAUUAUUGUUUUAAAAAAUAUAAUUUUGAGAAAAUUCGAUAUGUAUUCUGUGCUCAGCAGUUGCAGAUGUAGCUAAUUCAUAGCUCAACCGAUCGCAGCCCUUGACACUUGCGUUUUAUUUACGAAUAGUGUGCGGUUUAGCUACAAACACACACCGAAGUCUGUUUUAGCUACGAAACACACACGCAUGUUUUAGCUACGAAAACUGUUUUCCUGUUUAUUGCGAAAUACUGCUUAUGCGAGUUUAUUUCUGUAUUUGGCUUAGUUAGAAAACUUGCAAAUAUAAAACAUUUAUUCGUAUUGAAACAUACAAUAACAUAAGAAUAUGAAAUUAUAGUCAGUUAUUCACCAGAAACACUUAAUUUUCUCGCAGUUGUUUGAUAGCUUCUGGAUCCUGGACCGGCCGAAUAUUAGAUAGAAAAGUAGCAACUAAAAUUUCCCAAUAGGGCGGUAGGCUUGCAAAACAUGACGAUGUGGUGUUUGUGCUUUUUGCGACUCCAUCUGGCGGUUUAACUUCCCAAAAACCUAUUAGAAGCCAAAUUGGUCGAGAUCCAUGACAUCCGGCUUUUUUCUUGUUAUUGGCAUCUGUAAAUUGAGAAACACUGUGGAAUAUUGAAAAUUUUGUUGGAAUUACCUCAUUUAUUGAAGAUUUCACCAUCACUUUCCACUUUUUCGAGAAACGCAACAAACUGACUGUUUUUCUGCAAAGAUUCAACGUAAAACGUAACUUUUAGAUGAACUUACUCGUUCUCCAUCGAUAAAACACUGACGCGUAGACGAUAUAAUAUGUUACCAGCACUUUUCUAGGCUUUAAGUCACGAAAAUCGUCGAAAAACAAAACAAAACGAAGAAAACAUGUUUGCGCGCCAAAAAAUCGUAGCUAAAACGUGUGUGUGUUUUAGCUGAGAAAUCGGUCAGAAACACUGAGCUAAAUUUUUGCUUCGAUUUAGCUGGAGAUUCAAGUUCUUUCUACGGUUCAGCUACGAAAACCCUCAAAAUAUGAUUUAGCUACAUCUGCAAAUGCUGAGAUGAAAGUUCAAUGUUUCAAAAAAAUUAUGAGAAACGUUUUGCCCUAAUUUUUGUGUUGAUUUGUUUGUUGUUAACUUAUUCAAAAAAUCCCGAAAAUUUGUUUCAAAACUAAAUUAAUUUCAUAGGUUCAUCUCGAGUUCCGUCGACUUUUAGCCGCAAUCGAUGAAAAAUGUGUGGAUGUUGAUGAUUUGAUUGAAGAACAUUUGAAAUUUGUGAAAAAGGUGGCGAAUUUGGUGUUUUUAGAGGAAAAUGAUAAGGUAAUUUUUGUCAUUUUUCUUUUCAUUCAAAUUGUAUUCCUAACUGAAUAUUGCAGAUCGAGCCACAACUUUCGGUAUUUCUUCAAACAACUUUCGAAGCUCAAAAAAUGAUUGAUGAAUUCUGCUCGAUUUGGGAUCAAAUAAUCGACGAAAAUUUCGAAGAUCAGAAUGUGUUGAAAGCGAAAAUGGCGGAAAUUUCGAAAAAUUGGGUGGUUAAAAUUCGUGUAUUGAUGGAUAAGAUUAAUGUGGGUUUUUAGCUUAAUAGAGGUUUUGAAGGGGUGUUUCAGGAAAUUAUCCUAUUUUUAAUUAAUUAAUCGACUAAUUAAUAAAUGAAUUACAGACAAUCCAGAAAAAAAUGAUCGAAGAUUUGGAUCAUCAAAUAAUGUAUGGAAAGGAAUAA